UCUUUGUUGCUUAAAACUUUCCCCUUCUGCGCCUUCUUCCCCUCCCUUAUUAUGCCCUUAUCUUCUUCCUCUUCCCUCUAGAUGUGUCCCCAAAUUCACACACACACACCAUUCAUUUCAUUAACCCCCUCCUUCACACUUCCUUCUUUCUUCCUUUCUUCAAACCCAUAACCACUCACCCUCUCUUCCUUCAUUCUCCUUCAUGCCAUCAUGGAAGGAGGUGAUGACCUCCACCACCAUCACCACCACCACCAUCACCGUCCCACCUUCCCAUUUCAAUUGCUCGAGAAAAAAGACGACGACGCUGCCUCUUGCUCCACUUCUCCUUACCCUUCUCUCGCCAUCUCUCCCGACCCCACCACCACCACCACCGCCACCGCCACUGCCUCCGUUGCAGAGCCUUCUUCCAAGAAGCCACCAGCCAAAAGAACCUCCACGAAAGACCGUCAUACGAAAGUCGAUGGUCGUGGUCGACGCAUCCGAAUGCCAGCCCUAUGUGCAGCUAGGGUAUUUCAACUCACCCGAGAAUUGGGUCAUAAGUCCGACGGCGAAACCAUCGAAUGGCUCCUUCAACAAGCGGAGCCUGCCGUGAUUGCCGCUACCGGAACUGGUACCAUCCCGGCUAACUUCACAUCCCUUAAUAUCUCAUUACGUAGCUCCGGCUCCACCAUGUCUGUCCCUUCGCAGCUUCGGUCAUCUUCCUAUUACAACCCUAAUUUCUCCCUGCAUCAACCACGCCGAACGCUCUUCCCGGGAUUCGGUCUCUCAUCCGAACCCUCCUCCACCGCUCUCCUCAAUUUCCAGUCCACCAACAUCGGCAACUCUCUACUCCAAGCCAAACCUGAACUCAGAGACAACACUACCUCUUCAUUAGACCUCUCCGACGCAGCGGAGGAAAUCAGCAUAGGGCGGAAGAGAAGACCGUCCACGGAGCAGGAGUUGUCGUCGUCGUCGUCGUCGCAGCAUCAAAUGGGAGGGUAUCUGCUACAAUCAAGUGCAGGGUCGAUUCCAGCGAGCCACGGAGGAGGUCAGGUUCCGGCGAAUUUUUGGAUGCUUACAAAUACAAAUAACCAAGUGAUGGGGGGUGAUCCUAUAUGGACGUUUCCAUCGGUUAAUAACAGCGGGUUGUACAGAGGGACGAUGUCUAGUGGGUUACAUUUCAUGAACUUCCCAGCCCCAGUCGCGCUAGUGCCAGGUCAGCAAUUUGGUUCCGGCGCCGGCGGAGGGAAUCAUAGUUCCAGUGAGGGACACUUGAAUAUACUCGCUGGUCUCAAUCCGUAUCGCUCGGUUUCCACCACCGGCAUCAUGGAACAACAGGGAAGUGGAUCGCACUCACAUCACGGCGGCGGUGGAGAUGAUCGCCAUGAUUCAACCAGCCACCACUCAUAAACGGAAACGGAAACGGAAACGGUCGAUUGGCGCUUCACCCACAUGUGUGGUCGUUUGAUGUGUUGAAACACACGUGAGGUUUGAUUUUCCAUUGAGAGAAAAAAAUAAAAUAAAAUAAUAAUAAUAAAAAAACA